AUGCCAGACGCGUCCGAGCAGCACCAGGAGAUACUGCACGAUCAGCCGCUAGAACACGAGCGGCAAGAAUCGCAGCAGGAAGCGCAGCAGCAGCAGCAGGAAGCGCAGCAGCAGGAGGAGGAAGCGCAGGAAGGAGUGCAGCAAGAGGAAUCUCAAGAGCAGAGUAUACCCCUCUUGCCCGCAGUAGAGCAACAGCCACCCCGGCAACAAGAAUGCUGGUGUGCUCAGAUACUGUCAGAGCUGCUGCAGAGCAAGGAAGCUUCGACAUCUCCCGACUGGCUCCUUGCUGCUGUCCGAUCACUGCCCCCCUGUGCUGCACACUCCCCCUCAGGGGAGGUAGUUGAAGGGGCUGUAGCGGCAGUAUCCGCAGCCACAGCCGCUGUGGCUUCAAGAAGACCGCCUGGGUGUCCUGCGCAGAUGGAUUUACCUCCAACAGCAGCUCUACCACACGCCGCUGAUAGGCAACAACGCCGAGGUGCUGCUGCUGCUUCUCCUCCUCCUGAUGCUCGAGCAAGCUCGGCAAUACCAGAUUCACCGCUUGAGACUGCCGCAGCAGAGUCUACAGUCGGAGGAGCAACGGCAAUUGCAUCUGUGGAAAGGGUGCCGUUCUCGGAGCAGAACAACCAUAGAGAGGCCAGAGUGUUGCCUGUGCAGCUGCCAGCAGCUGCUGAUGAGCUGUUCGUCCGUUCGCGAACUGAAGAUCGCCCCCUUACCCUUAAAGACCUGACUUCUGAAGACGACACUGCUCCACAGUUGGAGUCUUUGGCUGCCACCAUCAGCGCUGCAGCGAAGAGGCCUUGCUUCCAGACCAGCAGCACCCUCUGCAGGAAAGUGGGCCUCCGCCACCCUCAAAUUCAGAUUCGCAGCAACAGCAGCAACAGCAGCAACAGCAGCAGGAACAGCAGCAGGAACAGCAGGAACAGCAGCAGCAGAGGUGGCACCACAAUCGCCGCCGCCAGCAGCGGCAGCGGCAGCAGCAGCAUCAAACGAGGUUUCUUACAGAUUUGCAGAGGGACUCGGUGUACGAUACAGCUCAUACCGCGGAGGUGA